GAAUUCGGACGCCCACAAGUCUUCAUCUCCACCUCGACCGGGAACCCAACAAAGGAACUAUAAAGACGCGUCGCCCUCUCCCUCCUUCUCAGAUCUCCCUGCCCUCAUCGUCUAGUUGAAGGCGCUUGCACACAGAUUUGAUGCGCAUUUGUACAUCGAACUCCUAAUGCCACGCAACGCUGAGAUCUACUCUUUCUGAUCCGGUUUCUGUCUGAAUUCUCUCCAGAUCUGUGAACAAAAGCCCAUCUCCGAUGGGUUUCGCUUCCGGAUCCGCCGCCAAGAUGGGAUUUUUCCGCAGAUUUGGCCUCUGGUUGCUCUUCUCGUCCCUCGCGGACCUCCGUUCCGGCGACGGGUUCUACCUCCCUGGUAGCUACCCGCACGAGUACCAGGUCGGCGAUGCCCUCUCGGUGAAGGUCAACUCGCUUACCUCCAUCGAGACCGAGAUGCCCUUCGGCUACUACAGCCUCCCCUUCUGCCGUCCCCAGGAGGGCAUUAAGGACAGUGCCGAGAACCUCGGUGAGCUCCUCAUGGGCGACCGCAUCGAGAACUCCCCUUACCGCUUCAAGAUGUUUACCAACGAGUCCGACGUCUUCCUCUGCGGAUCCAAUCCCCUCUCGUCCCAGGACUUCGAUCUCCUCAAGAAGCGGAUCGACGAGAUGUACCAGGUCAAUGUGAUCCUGGACAACCUUCCGGCGAUCCGGUACACGAAGAAGGACGACUACGUCCUCAGAUGGACGGGGUACCCGGUCGGAGUCCGGGCUGGUGACGCCUACUACGUGUUCAAUCACCUCAAGUUCACCGUUUUCGUGCACAAGUACGAGGACGCCAAUGCGGCGAGGGUGGUCGGCAGCACUGGAGACGCCGCCGACGUGAUCCAGACGACGGGCAAGUCGGGAUCCGGCAAGCCUGGUUGGAUGGUGGUCGGAUUCGAGGUCGUGCCAUGCAGCUUCCUGCACAACGCGGAAUCGAUCAAGAAUGUGAAGAUGUACGAUAAGUAUCCGGCCAAGAUCCAGUGCGAUCCUAUCACCGUGGCCAUGAAGCUGACCCAAAACCAGCCAAUUGUCUUCACCUACGAGGUCGCCUUUGUCGAGAGCGACAUCAAAUGGCCGUCUCGAUGGGAUGCUUAUCUGAAGAUGGAAGGAGCCAAGGUUCAUUGGUUCUCAAUCCUCAAUUCGCUAAUGGUGAUUGCAUUUCUAGCUGGCAUUGUUCUCGUGAUCUUACUCAGAACUGUCCGGAGGGAUCUCACCCGGUACGAAGAGCUCGAUAAGGAGUCACAAGCACAGAUGAAUGAGGAGCUCUCUGGGUGGAAGCUUGUUGUCGGGGAUGUCUUCAGGGCUCCAGACCAUCCAUUACUGCUCUGUGUGAUGGUAGGUGAUGGGGUGCAGAUACUUGGCAUGGCAAUCGUGACCAUCUUGUUCGCUGCGCUUGGAUUCAUGUCCCCUGCAUCUCGUGGAACUCUCAUCACGGGAAUGCUGUUCUUCUACUUGAUUCUUGGAAUUGUGGCAGGGUACUUUGCCGUUAGGAUUUGGAAGACAAUCAAAUGUGGGGAUCACUCUGGUUGGGUUGGGGUCUCAUGGCGUGUCGCUUGCUUCUUCCCGGGUAUUGCCUUCUUGAUCUUGACAACAUUAAAUUUCCUGUUGUGGGGCAGCCAGAGCACCGGGGCAAUCCCAAUUUCCUUGUUCAUUGUGCUCCUCUUGCUCUGGUUCUGCAUCUCGGUUCCACUUACUCUUACUGGUGGUUUCCUUGGUGCCAAGGCACCCCACAUUGAGUACCCUGUCCGUACUAAUCAAAUCCCUCGCGAGAUCCCUCCACAAAAGUAUCCAUCAUGGUUGCUGGUCAUUGGAGCUGGGACUCUACCCUUUGGUACCCUGUUCAUUGAGCUUUUCUUCAUAAUGUCAAGCCUUUGGAUGGGCCGAGUCUACUAUGUUUUCGGCUUUCUCUUAGUUGUGUUGAUUCUCCUCGUUAUCGUGUGCGCUGAGGUUUCUCUAGUACUUACCUACAUGCACAUAUGUGUGGAAGACUGGAAAUGGUGGUGGAAAUCAUUCUUUGCUUCCGGCUCAGUGGCUCUAUAUAUCUUCUUAUACUCGGUGAACUACCUGGUAUUUGAUCUUAAGAGUUUAAGUGGCCCGGUCUCUGCCACCCUUUACCUUGGCUACUCACUCUUCAUGGUCAUUGCCAUCAUGCUUGCUACUGGUACAGUUGGAUUCAUUUCAUCCUUCUGGUUUGUUCACUACCUCUUCUCAUCUGUUAAACUAGAUUGAGCUACAUUGGCAGCAAGGGAUUUUUAGCGAGGAUGAACUUGAGUAAUUAGCAGAUCUGAUACAAAUUUGAAGAGCAUAGAAUCUUCUUCGAUUUGUCUUCAAUGGGAAGCUUGGAAAAUCUAUAGGGAAAAUAUUACCUUAUAUGCUUGUUCUUCUUAGUUGGUGAUAAAUGUAGCUGUUGCAUUUUGUUACCUGCAUUUUGGGAACUCUUCAAUUUGUCGUAGAGUAUAUCUGUUGAAUUAUCAGUUCAUUUACUUUGUCUCGUCUUUUUCUCUUUCAUAUGUUAAGCUGUAAACUUAUUCAACUAAUGCACCUUGUUUGAAGAAUGAAUACCAUUUUGCUGCA